UUCAUCGAUCGUCAGUUGAAUUCCAGUUUUCAUACUAAGAGUAUCACUGAAAGAAUGAUUCAAGUUGGAAUCCUUUUUCUGACCUACACUGGAGCUUUGGCUCAAGUUAUUGAUAUUGGACAUUGUCCAAAAGUGACCGUGGUGGAUGAUUUUGAUGUGACAAAGUAUGAAGGUCUUUGGUACGAAAUAAAGAAAUAUUAUGCAAUUUUUGAAAAGGACGGGCAAUGUAUAACUGCAAACUACACACUAAAUGCAGAUGGUACACUAAAGGUUGUCAACUCGCAAAUUAGCAGCCAAAACGGACAAUCAUCAUCAGCGCAAGGCACUGCAAAAUUUGUUGGUAGUAAGACUGAAGGAAAACUGUCUGUCGUUUUUCAAUCCACUAUCAUUCAAAUUCCUGGCCCAUAUUGGAUUUUGUAUACCGAUUAUGAUACCUUAGCUGUCGUUUACUCCUGCGUUGAUGCAUUCUUUUCCCAUGCAACGAAUGUUUGGAUUUUGGCAAGAGCACCGAAAUUAUCAGACGAAGACCUCGCGACAGCUUAUACAGCUCUUGAAGAUAACAACUUGAGCAAAGGUCCAUUACAGGAUACGGUUCAGACUAAUUGUAAGAGUAAAGCGUGAAAACAGGAAAACGAAUCAUACAAUUUUCACGGCUUCAAUAUUUCUGACAAUAAAAAAUAAUUAAAAAUUA